CACCCCUGAAAACCCCUAAAAAGAACCGCGCACGAAAGCCCCCACUCUCACAGCUCCGUUCUCCACCACCUCUCACCGGAACAAACAGAAACCACAGAGUAGCCGACGAUGAACCUCGAAGACCUCGAUGCGACCAGCCAGGCCCCUUCCCGGCCCAACCGGUUUGUGCCCCGGUCCUCCAAGGCCAAGCCUAAACCCAAAUCCGAACCCGUCGCCAAACAAGAACCGGUCCCGAAGUCCGAGCCAGAGCUCAAACCUUCACGAGAAGAACUGGACGCCCGGAUUGUGAAGAAGAAAGACGAAGAAGGAAGCGCGCCGAAGGCCGAAGACUCAAAUGGCGGUUUGAAAACCGAAAACGGCGACGUAUCGAAAGAGGAUGAUCCUAUGGAAGAAGACGAACUGGAAGACGAGGUCGUGCGGGAAAUCGACGUCUUCUUCAAUCCGAAAAUCGAUGACAACUCUAAGUUGUAUGUAUUGCAAUAUCCUCUGAGGCCGUGGUGGCGGCCUUACGAGUUGGAGAGCCGGUGCGAGGAGGUGAGGCUGAACCCCGCCACUUCAGAAAUGGAGAUUGAUUUGUCUCUCGAUCGGGACCCGAAGAAUUUCGAUGAAGAUUGCGCUAGUAGAUUGAAAAUGACAAAGCAGACUUUGUCUACAACAUGGAAGCCGCCUGGCACAAGUGGCUAUGCUGUUGGUGUUUUGAUGGGCAAUAAGUUACACUUGAAUCCUGUUCACGCGGUUGUACAGCUUCGACCCUCAUUGGAUCAUUUGAACUCUGGUGGCUCUAAAAGGAAGAACAGUGUCAAAGGGGAUGCAGAAGUUACAGUUAAGUUGGAAGACUCUGGACAAGAAAAAUCCAUUGGUCCAUCAAAGAUGCAGAACAAGCGGAUGGAGUCUUCAACUGAGAAAAAAAUUGAAGAUGAAGAGAGUUGGGUUCCACUUCGGUAUCAUAGCUCAGAAAGUGACUUCUCGGCCAGAUAUUUACGGAAGAUGGUGGGGCAAGAAAGUUCACCUAUACAAUUUACAAUGAGCCCGCAUGACUAUGUUGACUCCUUAUGUCCUAGAACGUGCAAAGGUUCUUCAAGAAGGUCUCUGCUUUCCCUGCCUCUGGAAGAGCGUAUCAAGAAGUUGAUUGUUGAGGAACCUGUAGCACGCCGGUUCAGUGAUCUUAAGAAGUACUUUGCUCCCGAUCACACCGCGGAAGAACUUCUGGAUGUUCUUCAGAAGCAUGCUCAGUUGUUGCUGUCCUCUGGUCUUUGGGUUCCAAAAACCUUAUUAUUAUAUCCAAAUAAAGAUGAUAAAGGCUUGGAUACAAAUCAUAUAUCAACUAAAGAUCAUAAAGAUCGGCAGACAGCUAGAAAUUACAUCCUGAAUUUAUUUCGGAAGAAUCCUGUAAUCAGUAAUUCACAGCUAGACCUCCAAGAGGGCAUUAGAACUCAUGUGUAUGAAUCCCUUAGAAUGUUAGCUGUCUCAAGACCUUCCACUCAAGAUUGGAAAUUCAAAGAGCAACCAGAUAUGUCAUUCAUGGAACGCUACCCGGACAUUGUUAAAACCCAAGAACAGAACUGGGACAGGAUUGAAGAAAAGUUGAGGAUAGCCUUUAAAUCUAAUACUGACCGUUAUUUGAAGAGUGCUAGUAUGACUACCACGCGUGGCAAACCACUGAAUUCUGAUAAAGGUACGACAAAAGCUACAAGUGAAGUUCACACUGGGGGAAGAACCAUGUCAGAUGAAACUCGAGCAGCUCUGCAAGAGGCUAUAAAGGAGGUUUUUCAAGAACACAAGGUUUGCAACUUUCAACUGAUACGUAGAGGAUUAAGUGAUCUGGCAGUCAGAACAUCUACUCUUCCAAAGGUUGAUCCUAGAAGUAAAAAAGUGACGGCUGCACAAUAUGGAGUUCAGGCUCCUCCACAUGAGCUGCAGAAAGUAAUAAGUGAAAUUGCGAUAGACAUACAUGGUUCGUAUGUCUUGAAAUCAUCACCAGAUCACCCAGAGCAUGACAAAUUGAGGAAGGUUGUUAUGGAUCUUCUAUGUGCAAAAGGACCUAAUGCUAAGCUUAAAAGGGGUGAGGUUUCUGAAGCAACUAAGAUUUCUCUUGGGAAGGAAUUCACUGCUAACGAAUUCAGCAAGGUCAUUAAUGAGUUCUGCGUGUCCAGCGGUUCUUCAUGGGUCUUAAAAAAGGGUGAUGGCGGGAACUGAAUUUUGGAAACGUGAUGAAAUUUAUUCACGGUUUCACGGAAAGCAAGCUACCAGAUUGAUUUGUUCUUUCCUUUUCCAGUGAGUAUAUGGUCGUAGACUCGUAGUAUAAUACUAGAAUCGUAGAAUGAUAGUUUUGUGCAGACACAUACUUGACAUGAAAUUUUGUCGUCGUAAAUCGUCGUUCUAUUAUCAAUGAAAGAAGAAAAGAUUACAAUUUAAAUCCA